AAGGGAGAAAUGAUUUUCUUAAACUCAUAAAUUGCCUAAAAUCUCAAGGAACACUGCCCACUUGUGGCAACCUAAAAACCCCGUAGAGACGUACACAUUGCCAAAGGAAACCUUGAGGAUUAGGAUUCUCCCUCUCUUCACUCUUCUUAUUAAUAGCCAAGGAGUGUUUUAAAUGAAAUAAGAUCCCUAGAAUAUUUGAGAGCAGUGGUAUGAUCUGUUUUGCUCUGUGAAAAAUGUCAUCGGUGUAUUACAAUAUAGUGUAACUUUUAGUUUGUAGUUUUUAAUGCUAGGUUGACACCUUGUGGUGAAAACAUUCAUUGACUUGUAAGCGGCAGGCAAGACUGGACCAUGUAGUACAAAAAGCACUUCACGUUUUCCCCAAUGUUAUGACAAGAUUUGAUAUUUUACAGUGCAUUAUAGUGAGAAGCAUUAUGCAUUUAUGCAUUUCAACAUUACACAUAUGAAGACUCAUCCUGACAGCAGAUCAUUUAGUUUGGAAUGCAAUCACAACUACACCCUAACAACAAUACACAGUUUGUUUGAGAAGCAUGCUAAUAUAUAUACAAUUUUCCAUUCUGCACAUAGGCACACACACAUACUCACCCUCCUUAAAACAAAACACUUGCACACACGCGUGCACACACACACACACACACACACACACACACACACACACAAUAGUGAGAGCAAUAGAAAGAGAGAAUGUGUUUUACACACUCCUGUGGGGGCGUGUUUUUUGUUUUUGACUGUGACUGAGAGAUUAAAUCUAGAGCCACCCCACACAUCUUCUGCUACAUAAUGCUGUUCCUAUGCCAUUGAGGAAGUUUUUGCAUCAGACCAUGAAUAAGAUGUUCAAAACAAGACGCUAACCUGCAGAUAACAAGCAGACUGCUGCUGCACAUCUCGAUCUGGAGAACUGAUUGCAAGCGAAGACAGUUCUCCCUCAAUUUGACUUCUUCAGCAUACACCAUUACAAAAAAGGAUGACGGGUAACUCUACCAUGUACGGCGACGACUAUCCGGUAUCGGACUUCACCCCCUGCGAGCGGCCAAGCUUGGACGGCUUUGCUCUGAUGAUCACAUACUUCAUCGUGUUCAUCCUGAGCCUGCUGGGCAACAGUGUGGUGGUGUUUGUUGUCUGCAGCAUGGUGAAGCGCAGGACCUCCACUGACGUCUACCUGAUGCACCUGGCCGUGGCCGACCUCCUCUUCUCCCUCACCCUCCCGUUCUGGGCCGUCUCAUUGAACAGUGAGUGGGUCUUCGGUACCUUCCUGUGCAAGCUGCUCUCCGGCAUCCAGGACACAGCCUUCUACAGCUGCGUCUUCCUCCUGGCCUGCAUCAGCAUUGACCGCUACCUGGCCAUCGUCAAGGCCACGCAGGCGGUGUUCAGACGCCGGCACCUGGUGAAGGCGGUGUGCGGUUUGGUGUGGCUGGCGGCCACUCUACUAGCUCUGCCCUCCGUCGUGCAGCGUGAGGCCUUCAUGCCCGUGGGCCACUACUCAAUGGUGUGCCAUGAGAACCUGACUGAGAACAUGGACAGCUGGCGCACGGGCAUGCGGGUGACACGUCACACCCUUGGCUUCUUCCUGCCCCUGCUCAUCAUGCUGGUGUGCUACGGCUGCACCGUGUGCACCCUCUCCCAUGCCCGCAACAGCCAAAAGCAUAAGGCCAUGCGUGUCAUCCUCUCCGUGGUGCUGGCCUUCCUGAUCUGCUGGCUGCCCAUCAACGUUACCUUUCUGGUGGACACACUCGUGCGCAGCAAGAUUUUAACCGCGGGAUGUGACCAGGAGAAUCAGGUGGACCUCGCGCUCCAGGUCACCGAGGUCUUGGCCUUCCUGCACUGCGCCAUCAAUCCCAUCCUCUACGCCUUCAUCGGGAAGAAGUUCCGCAAUCAGCUCCUCCACACUCUCUACCAAAAGGGUGUGAUCGGAAAGUAUUCCCAUGCCAUGUUUAGGAAGGGCUCUCAAACCUCUAUAAGCUCCAGGGUCACAUCAAUCACACUGUAGAGUAUUCAAAGGUUAUCACAUAGGACUGUUGGAGUGGGCCUCUCAGUUCAGCCACCCAUGCUCAUUCCUCUUAAAAGGGUACACAGAUGGUCUGUGAAGUGUGACAUUAGAAAUGUAUGAUAUUCAAAAUGACAAUAUUUAACCCACCUGUAAUGAGCCUUUUCAUACCAUGUAUAAAGCUUCAACACUUUAAGAUUAAGAUUGAGACCCAAUUUCUUGCCAUUCGGAAACUAUGUAGUUGUAUAUUUGUGUAUUGUUUGAAAGUUGAAGCUAUAGUGAAUUUCGAUGUACAUUGUAAAAUGACUUAUGGAAUGCGUGGAAUGUUCUCUGGACAUAUGUUUAAUUUGCUCAUAUGUAAGCAUGUCUCAAGAAUCUUAAUGCGUUUUUUAGAAACUGAUGUGUUGUUUCCAUUGAUACAGUGUAUAAAUAAAAACAUACUGAGCAAUA